AAAAAAAAAGAAAACUUUUAGCCGAAAAUACAAAAACACACAAACUAAAUAAAAUGCCUGCCAUAACAAGUGAAACGACGAGAGCAACAACUACAACAGCAGCGGCGUUGGCAAGAGCACCACCCGCUCCCUCCCACAACCGCUGCCUACGGCCAAUCCGAGCGACAGUGAUUGCAGCAGCGACAGCAGCCGCCUCCAUGCUCACAUCCGCAGCAGCAACGCUGGCAGCGGCGGCGACAACAGUAACGUCAGCAACGUCAACAACAACAACAACAACUAUUAGGAACUAUAACCACCACAAUAGCAUCAUAUCACUAACACAACAGCCGGAUACUUUGCAGCAACGACUGCAACCAGAUGUUGUCGAUACGGACACCGGAGGUGGCAGUCGAUUGGGCGUAAGCGUAAAUGUUGCACUGCCCCAACGUCUUGCCAAUAACUUGCUAAACAAUUUUCUGCCUGCCAUUGAUGCUGUCACAAACGCAACAACAACUACAAUAGUAGCAAACACCAGCAACAGCCCUAGUAUUAGUAGUAGCAAUGGCAGCAGUAGUAGCAGUAGAAGCAGCAGUAGCAGUAACGGAGGCAGUGUCACAUAUCCAACCUUCCGGCCGCCCAGCAUAGAAAGUCUUGUCGCCAGCUCAGCUGAGGAUUUGAGCAAUUUUCAUGAUGUCUCCUUCGAUAUAUUUGACGACGAUGACGAUUUGUUUGGCUCACCAUUGGCGUUUGAUGCCAGCGAUAAUGGCCUGUGGAAUGGACGCUUUGUGCCGCCACCACCACGUCCGCCAUUCCUAGUCGAUGAGCCAGUGCUGAGUGAUGGACUGACAACGUGUGAUUUGUGCUCAUGGGCAAUGCCGACGAAGAGUACAUUCAUGUUCGAGGGCACAAUAGAAAAAGCUUCCGAAUUGGGUUGGCCUCUGACGUUGAUUAUCGUUUCUGUGCUAUCGGCAUUGCUGGGAGCAAUUGUUAUGGUGACGGUUGUACGCUGUCGAAGAAAAAAGCCGACCAACAACCGUAACGAAACUCACGUGCAGUGGUGGUCACGCAAUAAGCGCCCGAAUGGCAGCAAUAACAACAAUCAUUUGCGACGCAGCAAUAUUUAUACAGCACAUCCGGCGGACAGCAUACGCGGCUUGCAGCAACCCUCGCUCUCGGCUGCCUCAUCACUCACCACAAUGACCGCAAUGGGCGCAUCAGCAGGGGGGCCGCUGCACUCGAAUGCGGUCACACCGAAUGCAACACAGCCGCCACCGCAGCUGCCACACCAGCAACAACAAUACUACCAUCAUCCAUAUCAGCAGCACACACUGCAAUCAUCGCUCCACCGCAGCCUCAGUGGGCAGCAGCAUGCGCCCGAUUAUGAAUACGAGCAUGAAUACCAUCAACCGCAGGAAUUGCAAUUGCAGCUGCAGCAGCAGCAACAACAACACCAGCAUCAGCGGCAGAGCAGCUCGUCGAUGUCAUCGCUGUCCGACUCGCCAACAUUGCCGGUGGCGAAUAUUAGUAAACCGCGUACGCUGCAAUUGCAACAUCAGCCAAUGCAGCACCAGCAACAACAGCAGCAUUUGGCACACAAUGUGGCCGAUGGUGUGACAGUUGGCUUCGUCGGAGGCGGCGGCGGCAUGGGUGUUGGUGUCGGCAUUGGUACAACUGGCACGGGUACAACCACUGGCUUGGGUGUUGGGCUCACAUCACGUCGCGGCGCCUCCGAAUUGUCCGAAGAUACGUCAUGUCGUUGGCCGAGCGCAACAAUUGUGGUGGCCAGCUGAGUGGAAGCAUACAAGUGUCGUC